CCGUUCUCAACUGUAUAUUUGAUCUUUAUCUAUAAUAUUCAAUUUCUUACCGAGUAUUUCAAAAGGUAACUAAAUGAGUGUUGUACAUGAAAGUUUUUAGUUAGUGUUUAGUUGCGGUGUAUUGUGGUAUGAAAUAAGCUAUAUAGCCAGUAUAGUAGACAGCUUCAAUCUGGCUAACGACUUGUCAGCCGGUCCGGGCCCGGUUAACGGUGGCGGCGGUGCAGGAAACGCAGCUGGCGCUAGCGGAAGCUCAGCGCCAGGCAGUACAUCCAGCAUUUCGGGUUCAUCUUUAUCAACACUGAGCCUCGAACACCAACAGUUCAAUAUUUUUCCCGCUAUUUUUAGCCGACAACUAAACUUUUCAGCAGCUGCAGCUGCAAAUUGUAGUCAAAAUAAAUUGAUGGAUGAGCUAAGACCAAAUCUUGGUCUUCUUGGUGCCGUCAAUCUUAUGGAAACAGAAGCUUUCCAUUUAAACCAUAGUCAAGAAAAACGAAAAUGCAGUAGCACUAGCUCAAAUGAGCAGGAUUUCGGUCUUUACGGGGUGCAUCAAGCUUUGGAGGCUAGUCCUCCAACUCCAGCAGUUACUCCUGGUAGAAGCAGCGUCGGAGCAUCUAAUUCUGUUGGUUCAGAAGGUGCUUUUAAGAAAUUGAAGCCUGAGCCCUGUGCAGUCAGCCCACAUAUAGGUCAUACACCAACUGCAGCAAGUUGCCCGACACCUGCACGGCGUAGGCAUAGGACGACUUUUACACAGGAACAACUUGCCGAGCUGGAAUCGGCAUUUGCCAAAUCACAUUAUCCUGAUAUUUAUUGCAGAGAAGAACUUGCCAGGAGUACAAAAUUGAAUGAAGCUAGGAUACAAGUCUGGUUUCAAAAUCGAAGAGCGAAAUAUCGAAAACAAGAAAAGCAGUUGCAAAAAGCGUUAGCUCCAAUCCCAACAUGCCAAGGUGCAAUGAUGAGGAAUAUUUAUCCAAGUACUAGCAGAGGUUAUCAACCAUACCCACAUCCUCAUAAUACUAUCAAUGGAAUUAACCGUUAUCCACAGAUGACAGGUACAUCAUAUCCAACCAUGACACAGCCGUUCUCUAUGUCACAUUCUGGUCCAAAUAUGUCAACAGUAUCUAGUAUGCGACAAGAUUCUAUGGGAAUAUCAGCUGAAGAUGAAUGGUACAAUAAAAGUAUUUCAGCGUUAAGAAUGAACACAGCUCACCAUCUUAACCCUCCAACGCCGAUGCUUCAAUAUCAAACAUAGUGGCAAGAGUAACUGCAGAAGAAGGUGAUAGACAGAUUGCAGUAUUGUUACUCAGGGUUACGAUUGCAAGCACCGUACAAGAAAUAAAUAAUGUUCAAAGCAUAUCUAAAUUGGGUCAUAUAUUUCCAGAAUAUACUUUUUGAUUUAUGCAACAACUUAUUGAGUGAUUAUACCAAACUAUUUGAGUAAUCUUCAUUCAGGAUUAUUUUUAUACUAAUAAGAAG